UUAGUGGCAUUUUGUCUAAUUCUCCUUUGUGGCAUUUUGUCGCCCGUUUUGACGUUUGUCCAUUUUAUUAAUUUUGGUAUUUUGCCCAUGUGUCGGUUGACGUUUCGGCUAGUAUACCAUUUGAAUUUUACAAUUUCAUUUUUGUAGUUUUUCCUACUGUAAUCCAUUUUCUGUUUUUUUUCAUUUUAAAUCUGAGUUAUAAUUUUUUUUAAAUUUUUUCCCCGGUAAUUUAGAUAGUCUUAUUUAACAUUUUUUUAAAAUAAUGCCUGACAAAUCUAUAGACGAACAACUUCUGGCUCGUGCUAUUCUUGAUCUUGAACUUAUUGACCGCCUUAUAACGAAUCGCGAGGACGGCAAAUUUGCUUAUUCAAAGAAGAGACUUGGUUGGAACUCAAAAACGGCUGAAUUUAGUCCUCUAUGUUAUCAUUGUGGUAAACGCGGACAUGUGGCGAAGGCUUGUCUUUUUGCUGGGGGUUUGCGUGGAACUUCAACUUCGUAUCGUCGGGAGACGGUGACCACUGUACAACAGACCGAGAAAGAGGGAGAAGAAGGCAAAUCAGAAGAGAAAGUGGUUGUUCUUGCUGAAUGGACUUCGAAAACUGGUGGAACUUAUACAGAUGAUGAAUGUGAAACGUCGGAUACUGGAGAAGAAGUUGUUGGUGUUGAAAAAUAAAUUCAAAAAAUUCGAAAAAAAUUGCUGGAGAAAGAGGUUUUUUUAAAAAUAUAUACCUAAUUUUAUUUGGUUUUGUCCAUAUAGUCUUUGGGUUUUGUUUAAAUUUUGGUCGUGAGUAAAAUGUUUUUAGGAAUUUUGUGGGUUAUUUUGAGUAGGAUUUGAGUGAUUUUUUUUGUUUUUAAGGGUUCUUAUAGAUUUAAGAUUUUUUCCAGGAAUUUUUUUUUGGGUUUUUAUAGGAUUUGGAUGAUUUUUUUUUUGUUUUGGGUGGGGGCUAAUACGAGAAAUUCUAAAUCGCGGAACAGACAGGUCACGGAACGACAAUUCUGAUUUUUAUAAAUAUUCACAGAUUUUUCACAGAAAUUUCACAGAAAUUCUGAUUUUUAAAACAUUCCGUGUUGGGGUCAUUUUCAUUUUUUCAUCAUCAUUUUUUCCGAGAGAGGGGAGAAGAUAUUUUAAUCUGGGAUGUGCGUUAAAAAAAUUUUUUGUGUGGUGGACCAAACGUCAAAUUUUUUGUCGAUCCGUGACUUGUCCGUUGUUAGCCCAACGAGGUUAUUUUUGGGGCUUAAGUUUUUUCAAAAAAAAAUUUUUUUCCUUUCAAAAAAUCUUUCCAAAACUUUCUAUUUAUUGCGCUAAUUCACUCUUUCCUUUCCUCUAUUUUUAAAUUAAAAAUAGUAAAAACCAUCAAUCAUCGUCCUAAUCAAUCAUCAUUUUUUCUUUCUGUUGCGCGAA